UUACAUCGAGCGACACCCAUGGAGAGGGGACUGUUUUUAAUCUUUUAAAGACAAGGACAUUUUGCAGAUGUGUUCAGUAUCUUACAGUGACCACGUAGGCUAUGUUAAGAUUUUUGCUAGGAGGAAUUUGUGGACAAGAGUGAUUUGAAAAGACAAGCACACACUCAGAGGAAUUACACGGGGGACUUGAAAGCAGUACUUGUAUGCGAGCAGAUUUGACCGUCCAAAAAGAGCACUAUCGUUGUAUUGUCAGCGCGCAGGCAACUGAAUUCUGUCACUGGUCAAAUAAAAAGUGGUAAUGUCUUGAAGCAGUCUCCUGUGCCUUUGGAAGGACGCGCCGCUGCUGCCGGUGCUCAUGGGAACUGCAGCUCCAACAUGAACCUUCAUGAUGUUGGGGGGAGACGACGCUUCGAGGACUCGGAGUUCACCCUGCGCAUCUACCCGGGCAACAUCGCCGAGGGCACCAUCUACUGCCCGGUCAGCGCUCGCAAGAACACCACCGCCGCCGACGUCAUCGAGCAGGUCAUCGACCGGCUCCGCCUGGACCGCACCAAGCUCUACGUCCUGGCCGAGGUGAAGGAGUUCGGCGGCGAGGAAUGGAUCCUCAACCCCAGCGACUGCCCGGUGCAGCGCAUGAUGCUGUGGCCGCGCAUGGCGCUGGAGAACCGCUUCGGCGGCGAGGACUACCGCUUCCUCCUGCGGGAGAAGAACCUGGACGGCUCCAUCCACUACGCCAGCCUGCAGAUGUGGCUCCGCGUCACCGAGGAGCGCCGGCGCAUGGUGGAGCGCGGCUUCCUGCCGCAGCCGCCGCCCAAGGAGUACGAGGACCUCUGCAGCCUGCCGGACCUCAACGAGAAGACGCUGCUGGACAACCUGCGCGGGCGCUUCAAGCAGGAGAAGAUCUACACGUACGUGGGGAGCAUCCUCAUCGUCAUCAACCCCUUCAAGUUCCUGCCCAUCUACAACCCCAAGUACGUCAAGAUGUACGACAACCACCAGCUGGGCAAGCUGGAGCCGCACAUCUACGCCGUGGCGGACGUGGCCUACCACACCAUGCUGCAGCGGCGGCAGGACCAGUGCAUUGUCAUCAGCGGCGAGAGCGGCUCGGGCAAGACCCAGAGCACCAACUUCCUCAUCCACCACCUCACCGCCCUCAGUCAGAAGGGCUUCGCCAGUGGAGUGGAGCAGACCAUCCUCGGAGCAGGACCAGUGUUAGAGGCGUUUGGAAAUGCCAAGACCGCUCACAACAACAACUCCAGCCGCUUUGGCAAAUUCAUCCAGGUGAACUACCAAGAGAGCGGCACUGUUCGAGGGGCUUACGUAGAGAAAUAUCUGCUGGAGAAAUCAAGGCUGGUGUACCAGGAGCAUAACGAGAGGAACUACCAUGUGUUUUACUAUCUGCUGGCCGGAACGACUGACGAGGAGAAGAAAGAGUUCCAUCUCAAGAAGCCUGAAGAGUACCAUUACCUCAACCAGAUGACAAAGAAACCUCACCGACUGCACUGGGAUAAUUACUAUGAGAGUGAAGCGCAGGACUGCUUCACAGUGGAGGGGGAGGAUCUGAAGCACGACUUUGAGCGCCUGCAGCUGGCGAUGGAAAUGGUGGGCUUCCUGCCCGCCACGCGCAAGCAGAUUUUCUCCUUGCUAUCGGCCAUCCUUCACCUGGGGAACAUCCGGUACAAGAAGAAAACGUACCGCGACGACUCCAUCGACAUCUGCAACCUUGAAGUGCUGCCCGUGGUCUCUGAGCUGUUGGAGGUUCGAGAGGAGACGCUCUUCGAGGCUCUGACCACCCGGAAGACCGUGACCGUGGGGGAGAAGCUGAUUGUGCCAUACAAGCUGGCUGAGGCUGGCACCGUACGGGACUCCAUGGCCAAGUCUCUGUACAGUGCCCUGUUCGACUGGAUAGUGUUCAGGAUCAAUCACGCACUGCUCAAUGCCCGGGAUCUGGAGGAGUCCACAGAGAUCCUGUCCAUUGGUGUUCUUGAUAUCUUUGGAUUUGAAGACUAUGAGAACAACAGCUUCGAACAGUUCUGCAUCAACUUUGCCAACGAGCGGCUUCAGCACUACUUCAAUCAACACAUUUUUAAGCUUGAACAGGAAGAGUAUCGGGCGGAGGGCAUCACCUGGCACAACAUCGACUACAUCGACAACACCAGCUGCAUCCACCUCAUCAGCAGGAAACCCACAGGACUGCUCCACCUACUGGACGAGGAGUGCAACUUCCCGCAAGCGACCAACCAGACGCUGCUGGACAAGUUCAAGCGGCAGCAUGAAGGGAACAGCUACAUCGACUUCCCGGCCGUCAUGGAGCCCGCCUUCAUCAUCCGCCACUACGCCGGCAAGGUCAAGUACCGGGUGAAGGACUUCAGGGAGAAGAACACGGACCACAUGCGGCCGGACAUCGUGGCCCUGCUGAAGAGCAGCAAGAACGCCUUCAUCGGCGGGCUGAUCGGGAUCCACCCCGUGGCCACCUUCCGCUGGGCCGUGCUGCGGGCCUACUUCAGGGCAGUGGUGGCCUUCCGCAUGGCCGGCAAGAGAUACGUGGAGAAGAAGGGUGGGCAUGAUGAUACGGCUCCAUGUGCAGUGUUGAAAAGUGUGGAUAGUUUUAGCUUUCUGCAUCAUCCUGUGCAUCAGAGAAGCUUAGAGAUCCUGCAGAGGUGCAAAGAGGAGAAGUACAGCAUGACCAGGAAGAGUCCACGCACGCCUCUCUCUGACCUGCAGGGCAGCAAUACGCCACACGAGAGACCGCCACGGGAGGGCUGGAACGGCCGGUCUCCAAUGCAGAGUCGCCUCUCCUCCACCGGCUCGGGCGGCUCGGAGGAAGAUGGCAUCUUUGUCAACUCCACCAGCAGCAAACUCCUGGAACGAGCCCAUGGCAUCCUCAUGAGGAACAAGAACUACAAGAUGAAGCCAAGUCUUCCAAAGCACCUGCUGGAUGUGAAGUCUCUCAAGUACCUGAGCAAUCUCACACUGCAAGACCGCAUCACCAAAUCCCUCCUGCACCUUCACAAGAAGAAGAAGCCACCCAGCAUCAGUGCCCAGUUCCAGGUGUCUCUGAAUAAACUGAUGGAGACCCUGGGCCAGUCCGAGCCCUACUUUGUUAAAUGCAUCCGUUCAAACGCAGAGAAGCUUCCCCUGCGAUUCAAUGACGUCCUUGUCCUGAGGCAGCUACGGUACACAGGCAUGCUGGAGACGGUGCGCAUCAGACAAUCAGGAUAUCCCAUCAAGUACACUUUCCAGGACUUUGCUCGUCAUUUCCAUGUGCUGUUACCGGAGGGCUCCCGCACCACCCAAGAAAGCAUCAAAAACUUCCUGUGCCAAGCAGACUUCGCCCCGGAUACCUUUCAAGUGGGACACUCAAUGGUGUUCUUGCGAGAGGCUGAAAGGCAGCGGCUGCAGGACAUGCUCCACCAGGAGGUGUUGCAGCGGAUCGUGGCCCUUCAGCGCCUUUUCCGAGCCACACUGGAGAGAAGGCACUACCUCAAGAUGAGACGGGCGUCUUCCCUCCUCCAGCAAUGGUGGCGGGGAUGCCUGUUGAGGCUGGCUGAGGAGGAAGAGGAGGAGGAAGAGGAAGAUGACCCAGCUGUCCAGCAGGAGGCAGCGGUUUGCCUACAGGCAGCUUGGAGAGGCUACAGGGAGCGAAGGAGGCUUCUCCUCUGGAGACGAGCAUCCUUGACCAUCCAGAGAAGCUGGCGGCAGUGCCGUCACAGGAGAGCGGGAGCAGCCUGCGUCAUUCAGGCCGCCUGGCGCGGCCACAGGGAGCGGGAGAGCUACCGCAGGCUGCAGCGCUCCGUGCUGCUCAUUCAAGCUGCCAGCAGGGGAUUUUUGGCAAGGCAGAGAUUCAGAGACUUGAAAGAACAGAAGUUAAAAGAGGCUGAGCUGCUCAAUGGACAGACGGGCCGCACACCAGAGGAGGAGAAGUUGAGGAUCAUGGGCCUGGACCUUAGCACUUGGGAGGACCGUUCAUGCGAGGAAAGGGAGAGAAGCCUUCAGAGACUCAACAGCGGUAGCUCAUUGGAUCCCUCGGAAGAAGCACAGGAAGUAAGCGUUUCAGAGCUGACCAGAAGCGAAGAUGCUGCACCGAGGAGCCCGUUGCAUAGCGUCGCCGUCAGAGACAGGGCAAAGACCCUCGACCAGGACUCCAACCAGAAGACGAGAGCCAAACGAGAAAGCCGCAGGAUGAGAGAGCUGGAGCAGGCCAAGUUCAGCCUGGAGCUGCUCAAAGUCCGCUCCACCGGUGGAGCAUCUCCAUCCGAGGAGCGACGCUGGUCUACGGAGCUGACCGUGGUCGAGACAAGCGGUCUCCACUCCCCUCAGGGUACACCAGACAGUCAGAGUUCAAAGGGCAGCUUUGAGCUACUCAGCAUGGAUGAGUGCCUCAAAGAGAGGCCAACUUCACGAACAGACGCUGUCAUUGAAGAAGCUCCUACAUCUCCGUCCUUAGGACCUCCAGAGCAACCUGAGGUCUAUCCCAUGAGCCCUCAGUCCGCCAACCCUCCAGAGACACCAGUGCCUGAUGUCCCCUCCAGCAGUCCAGCGAAAGCAGAACCUGCCAGCCCACCUGCAGUCAUCCCCAAGGUGGAGAACUACCUCCCAACGUUCUAUGUCCCCUCUGCAGACAGCAGCAAUUCCGCCGUCCCCAAACCACAGACUCCGGGCAAGACUCUGAAGGAAAGAAGGGAGUCGUCCCGCAGGCCUGUGGUAGUAGUGAUCAGCAUGCAGAAGGAGACCGUCUUAGAAGAACCGAUGCCUCCCCAAGUCAAGGACAGCUCCAUGCAGACCAGUGAGCCACCGAGUCCGCUGCAGGUGGACGGCAACGAGAACCUGCCGCCGGUGUCUGUUCUCGAGAAGCUGGAGAAGCUGAACGAGGAGAAGGAGGAACGGCAGAAGCAGCAGCAACAGCAGCAGGAGAAGGAGAUGAUGCAGCAGAUCCGACAGCAGAAGGAGGCUCUGGAGAGGCAGCGAAAGCAGUUUGCGCAGAUCGAGCGGGAGAGGUUCGAUAAGCAGCGGGACGAGGCCCAACAGAAGAUCGAGCAGAGCAGGCAGGUGGGUCAAGCCCCGGAAUGGGACAGGAAGGAGCUCCUCGAGGGGAAACCAGUGAGGCCCGUCUCCCUGGACGUUGGUCACGUCCGAGCUCCAAAGGCUGAGCCAGAAGUUGUAACCCUCCCAGAGCCCACCGCACAGUUGCCUCCUGCAUCUCAAAACCAGAGUAAAACCGUGGCCCCAUUCUCCACUGUAAGAGAACGGCCAAGGGAUCGAAGGACUAUGCCAGAAGGAUGGGCGCCUAAGCUUACUCUGGAAUCACGAGAUAGCACUAGAGCAAGGUCUCAGAAGAAAGCUGCUACUCAGAGUGUUAACAUCAACAUGACUGAGAGGUCAUCCGGAGCCAUCUUCUUCUCCCCCAAGGAUAAGGUUUCCUUCUCCAAGUUUGACAAAGAUCCUGUCAGCCAGGAGAGGCCUGCAGCAAGUCUAAAGGAAACAUCAUCUGGUUUCAGAGCCAAAGGAAUGAAAGGACGAGAGCAGGUUGGUAUACCCGGCCAUAGAAAGAAAGCCCGCAUGGCGCGGACGCGUUCUGAUUUCCUCACCCGUGGGCCCACCCCGCAGGGGGAGGGUCAUUCGGAUGAAGACGAGUGCGAUGACCCCCCUCUCUCCCCCGGCCUGCCCCUGUCCGGCGAGCAGGAGGCCGAGGAGGGGGCCGCAGCGGCGGACGCGAGUCACAGUGACUCCGAAAUGCCUUCCACCGGCUCGGAAGACCCAAAACGGUUGCACAAAGUCUUGUCUGCUGGUGAUUUGGGCAAAGCAGAUUCUCUGAGGAAAAACUCUGGAGGAGAUGGAAGGGUACGAGGGAAGAUGCGCUUCUGGGGUAAGGGGAAGCAAGGCGACAAGAAGUCCUCCAGAGAUCGGCUGGUGUGUGGUGCUGACACACUUGAAGGGGAUUAUGCUGAUACUGGCCUUCUACUGGGAGGUGGAGAGUUCCUUUCUCCGCCACGUAGUCCCGAUCUAACUCUGGAGCGGGGCCGAGAGUUCAAGGAGAACAAGGAACCAUCGCCCAAGGUGAAGCGGAGACGCAGCGUGAAGAUCAGCAGUGUUGCACUGGAAUCCGCUCAGUGGCAGAACGACUCUCUGCAGAUCCUUACCUGUGCCUCUGACUACAAGACCAUGAAUGAGUUUCUUAUGAAGAAGAUUAAUGACCUUGACACUGAAGACAGUAAGAAGGACACUUUGGUGGAUGUUGUGUUCAAAAAGGCACUGAAGGAAUUCCGUCUGAAUAUAUUCAACUCCUACUCUACUGCCCUAGCCAUGGAUGAUGGGAAGAGUAUCCGCUACAAGGACCUGUACGCACUCUUUGAGCAGAUCCUGGAGAAGACUAUGCGCCAGGAGCAGAGAGACUGGAGUGAGUCUCCUGUGAAGGUGUGGGUGAACACUUUCAAAGUCUUCCUGGAUGAGUUCAUGACGGAAUAUAAGCCGAUGGACAGCACCUUAACCAAGGCACCAAAGCCUGACCGCAAAAAGAGAAGGAAAAAGGACGCUGAUAUAGUGGAAGAGCACAAUGGGCACAUUUUUAAGUCCACCCAGUAUAGCAUCCCCACCUACUGCGAGUACUGCUCCUCCCUGAUCUGGAUGAUGGACCGGGCCUGUGUCUGCAAACUGUGCCGGUAUGCCUGUCACAGGAAAUGUUGUGCCAAGACGACAACCAAAUGCAGCAAGAAGUACGACCCAGAGUUGUCUUCGAGGCAGUUUGGCGUUGAGGUGGCUCGGUUGACCAAUGACGAGCGAACGGUGCCCCUUGUGGUGGAGAAGCUCAUCAACUACAUAGAGAUGCACGGCCUCUACACGGAGGGCAUUUACAGGAAGUCGGGCUCAACCAAUAAGAUCAAGGAGCUGAAACAGGGGCUGGACACGGAUGUGAGCAGCACAAACCUGGACGACUACAACAUCCAUGUCAUUGCCAGCGUGUUCAAGCAGUGGCUGCGGGACCUGCCCAACCCGCUCAUGACCUUUGAGCUGUACGAGGAGUUCCUCAGAGCCAUUGGUUUGCAGGAUAAGAAAGAGACCAUCAGGGGGGUUUACGGUGUGAUCGAUCAGCUGAGCAGGACUCACCUCAACACACUGGAACGCCUCAUCUUCCACCUGGUCAGGAUCGCGCUGCAGGAAGACACCAACCGCAUGUCUGCCAACGCCCUUGCCAUCGUCUUUGCCCCCUGCAUCCUGCGCUGCCCAGACACCAUCGACCCGCUGCAGAGUGUGCAGGACAUCAGCAAAACGACGGCGUGUGUGGAGCUGAUCAUUGGGGAACAGAUGAAUAAGUACAAGGCUCGACUGAAGGACAUCAACAGCCUGGAGUUUGCGGAGAACAAAGCCAAAAAUAGGCUAACCCUCAUCAGGAGAUCGAUGAAACCCGUAGUAAUCGCUGUUAGAUUUAUCAGCAUUGCCCGCAGUGCCACCCCGGGUAAGGGUCGCGUGCGGCGGAUCAGCUACCACACGCCCUCGCCGCCGGUGAGCCCGCGCCUGGCCCCGAGCUCCGAGCCCGUGGAGGAGAGCUGGCCAGAGGAGCCGGCGGCACCCCGAGAGCUCCGAGAGCCCCGGGAACCCCGGGAGCUCCGGGAACCCCGAGAACCCCGAGAACCCCGAGAGCCCGAGCUGUCCGAGCAGCAGCAAGUGGCCAUGCAGCAGGAGGAGCGGGUCCUCACCGAGCAGAUCGAGAACUUACAGAAAGAAAAGGAGGAGCUGACGUAUGAAAUGCUGGCCCUGGAGCCGAGAGCGUCGGACGACGAGACGCUGGAGUCUGAGGCGUCGAUCGGGACCGCAGACAGCUCGGAGAACCUGAACGUGGACUCAGAGGGAGCCACGUCGGACUUCUCCGAGAGAGGCCCAGCUCUGGCAGCAGCGGCCAGGCCCAGGAAGGCCGAGGCCAAGAGCCGCCGCAUGCUGAGGCGCCAGCCCGACUCGCUGGACUCGGUGGACUCGGCGUCCACCGCCUCCUCCUCGGUGUCGUCCAGCUACCUGCACCCGCCGUCCUCCGCCUCGUCCUCCCGCACGCGCCGCUUCCGCUUCCGCUCCAAGUCGCCGUCCCCGGCGACCCUCGGCCGCUCCAACAACGGCAACGAGAGCGGCGGCAGCGUGGAGGUGCCCGAGCAGGACCCGUACGAGGAGCGCGCUCAGUUCACCAGCCGCGGCACCUUCAACCCGGAGAAGGGCCGGCAGAAGCUGCACGGCGCCAGGGCCCUGCAGCACUCCGCCGCAGAGGCCAGUGGUCACCACAAGAGGGAGCCAGAUCUGCAGUCGCAGCAGCAGCAACUAGUACUGUACGGCAGCAACGAGUUCAUGGUGUGAAGAGACCAUCGCGGGCCAGUCAUCUUCUUCUUCUUCACACACACACACACGCGUGCGCGGAAAAAAAACACGGGAGAACACUCCCUGGCUCCAGCUCAUCCCUUUAUCUAUCCUACACACACACACACACACACACACACACACACACACACAUACACACACAUAGACCCUCCCUCCCCAUGCCACUUGCACUCAGCCACCCUUGCUGGGGAACAGGACAGCAGAUGAGCUCUCCUCUGCCUUUCCAAGUGCCAAUCCUAGCUGAGAGAUGUGGAGAGGCAGAGGCGCACGUGGAAGAGGAAGUUGAAUAAAAGAGGAAGAUGAAGAAGAAGAAGAAAGAGGGCAGCAGCUGGUUCACCAGAACUGCCAGGCUGGAUGAGAGGACGUGUGCCUCCACCCACCCACCCCCCCACCUCGCUUGCCUUCAGAGCCGGGGCAGAGUUUUGGGAUUAGGGGGGUGGGGGAGCAGGGAGAUAGGGAGAGGGGUGUGGACAGAGCAAAGGGAAUGGUGACUACUGUGGCAGGCGUGAUUCCGACUCCGACGGUGAUUUUUACACUGGAUGCGAGGAGGGACCGAACGCCUUGAUGAUGGACCAUGGAGACAAAGCCAUUGAGCAGUGCAGACUCCACAAACUUCAGCAACCCCCCCCCCCCCCUCCCCUUCCCCCCCAGCUUGGCUGCUUAACGUUUACAGUUUGUACAGACACAACCAGUAAUAAGCGGCGUGCUCUGAUAAGACAGAAAAUCUGUUUCGCCCCCCCCUCCCCACACAUGCCUAUUUAAUACAUUUUAAUAAUGUGGAAUAUAAAUAUAUAUAUAUAAAUCUAUAUAAAUAUAUGAUGUGAUAUACAUAUAUAUAUAUUAAACCGUGUAUAAAGUCGGAACACCAGCAGUCGCUGGGUUGUUGAGUUUAAGUAUUUAUCAUUAUGCUUGUCCUGCAUAUGGUCAAAGAGAGAUUUUUUGGAUUUAGCUGACUCAUUCGAGUGAGCAAGUAAGCGUGCACACACACACGCAUUGUGUGUGAGUGCGUGCGUGCGUGCGUUUGCAGGUGUGUUUGGAAAAACAAAGAAACCACUUGAUGUGUUUGAAGUGUGUGCUGCUCUCUGUCCUCCUCUGAGGAAUGUGCCGUCAUCAAAGGGACCAAGCUAGCUGGUGUUUGGAAGCUAGAGGAUCCCAGCUAUGUGAAGACUUUCAGAUGUACAUAACACAGAAUACUGUACAAAAAAAAAAUCACCUCUUUGUAACAGCUGUUCAAAAGCUGGUAUGUAUGAAGUUGAGAUGAUGAUGCCAUUUUCAGUUUACUUUUAGUAACAUUUUUUAUCAAACUUGUCGGCAAUGUCCAUUCUAUUCUGAAAAAGCAACUAAAACACAUUAUUAUUGUUAUUGUUAUUAUUAUUUUUUGAGUAUCCAUGCAUGAAAAAAAGUUGACUUGUGCUCCUUCAUUGAAGAGGUAUUCUGCAGCCACAUCCCUUUGUCACAGCAACUGCUUAAGCCCGCCUGUUUAAAUAAGGUAUCAGACGAACCCACAGGACUGUUGUAUACAAUGCCAAAUUAGCCAUGAAGCAGUUGCGUAGCCUAUGGGGCUGUGUAUGAAGUUGCCAGUGAGUGUGUGUGUGUGUGUGUAUGAGAGAGUGGCUAAUGUGAGUGUGUGUGUGUGUGUGUGUGAUGGGCACUUGUAUGCACGUGCUCUCUCUUUCUUUCUCUCUUUCUCUUUCUGUCUACUGAUGCAGGAGCUAAUGCUUGAACUUGUUUCGUUGCGUUUACACAAACGGUGUGUGCGGGUGUGUGCAGGGGGAAACUCUCUCUCUCGAGUGGACCCUGCCCUUCCCUUACACACUUGUCGUGACUCUGCGCAAGGUCAGACUCUCUACCGACGUCAGGUGGGAGAAGAGGCCGGGAGUUUCACUGUAAUCACUCGCCCGCCCCGAAAAAAGUCCUACCCCCCCAACCCCCACCCCACCCCAAGAUCCACAGAAGCAGACUGCUAUUAUGCCAGGUGCUUUGCCUCCUGUAUGUCUGUGAGCGAGCGAGUGAGUGUAUAGUUUGCUGGGCUGAGGAGACCCACAGGUGAAUGCAGCUCUUCUCAUGAAGGACGUCCAUGCCAGCCUGGACAGGAUGCCUCAUGGAUAUUUUGUAGCAGUACUCUUUCCCUGGCAAGCCAUGUUUGUAAGGACUGUGACGAGGCCAUUGAAAGAAACUCUUUGUACUGUCAGUGUGUGUUUUGAGGAGUUCACACUGACCUGGAAGUGGUAGAAUAUGGAAUCGCGUUGGUCAGUUUCAAUGUCUGAAAUGGUGUUACAGCAGGCCUCUCAUGACUGCUUCAAUCAAGAAUUUUUUUUUUUAGAUAAAAAGCGGUCAUCAGUAUCUCUAAGUCAUUUGUCGAAUGUUGAGUGUCAGACACCCACUUGGACUGUUCUGAUACUGAAAACAAAAUGGUGGAUCCUCACAGUGCACCUACACAGUGUUGUCAUUGGGUGGUCAGUUGAGUUGUCAUUGGUUAACCGGUCAAUGUGAGCCAAGCCAUGGCUAAAGUGUGUCUGUUUCUGUUCUGUUAAGGAGUCUGUCCUGCUAGCCUGUCCACUCUUUGCAAGCACUAAGCAAUUAGCUGAAAUGGUGGUGUAAUACUCAGCUUUCUCAAGCUCAACAUUUCAACUGAAUCUGAUAGUACCUAGCUUCGUCCCCAAAUGGUUAGCAUUGGCAGUUUUGGUAUCCUGCUGAAGUGAUUGCACUGAUCACUUGGACAUCACACUCCUGUAUCCUGUGUGUUCUACAGUAUACCCAUGUCAAACGUACCUGUUGCUAAAGGAUAUAUUAUGCCAUGUACCAUAAUAAAUGUGAAAUAAUCAUGUUCAGUGUUGAAAACUGGCCACUUCGCCUGCAAGUUUUAACAAGGUGCACAAUCAGACUUCAUCUUUGUAUUCUGUCCCACGGAGUUGUAUGUGCAUUUUGUGAGCUAUUUCUUACACAGACAGAAUGACGAAAAAAAACAAAAAAGGUGAUGUCAAGGUUGUAAAAAUUAAUUUGAACAAAUCAUAUUCAGCUUAUUAAAGACAAGGCUGGA